GCGCUGUUUUCACAGGAGGAGGUCUGGGCUAGCAAGUAUAAAGUCCCUUUCCGGUUGGAAACCUCCUAGUGGCAUUUGAUAACGUUUAUUCGUAAUUUAACCAAAACGUCGCGAUGUCAGGAGGAUUAGAUAUAUUGGCUCUUAAAGAGGACGAUGUUACCAAGUUAUUGGUUGCUUCUGCCCAUCUGGGUGCAGAAAACGUCAACUUCCAAAUGGAGCGGUAUGUCUAUAAGAAGAGAGUCGAUGGUGCGGGUAUGAAUAUAAUUGACAUUCGCCAUACCUGGGAAAAGCUGCUGCUUGCCGCACGCGCUAUCGUUGCCAUUGAACAUCCGAGCGAAGUAUUUGCUGUUAGCUGCCGCCAUGUGGGUCAAAGAGCUGUACUAAAGUUCGCUGCUCAUACUGGUGCAACUCCUAUCGCUGGACGGUUUACUCCUGGUGCAUUUACUAAUCAGAUCCAGGCUGCUUUCCGUGAGCCACGUUUGCUGGUUGUCACGGACCCAUCCACUGAUCACCAGCCAAUCACUGAAGCAAGCUACGUGAAUAUCCCCGUGAUUGCCUUCUGCAACACCGACUCGCCAUUACGUUUUGUAGACAUCGCGAUCCCUUGUAAUACCAAGAGCGUACUUACCGUUGGUCUCAUGUGGUGGCUUCUCACCAGGGAAGUCUUACGUCUGAGAGGUUCCAUUCCACGUGAGACCAAGUGGGAUGUGAUGGUAGAUCUCUUCUUCUAUAGGGAUCCCGAAGAGGCGGAGAAAGAGGAACAAGCGGCAAAAGAGAUCGCGCCCACCAAAGAGUUCACGAGUGCCGCAGUCGAAACCACAGUCCCUGCGCCAGAGCCCGGUUGGGCCAACGAGGUCGAGGCGACUGCUGUGGCUACGGAGAACUGGGCCGAUGACGUAGCACCACCAACGGCAGCCCCUAUUCCUGCAGCUAGCACUGCGCAGCCCUUCCAAGCGAGUGGUGACUGGGCUGCGCAGCCUCCGGAGGAAUGGUCGACAUCUGUAGCGACUGCUCCUGCUCAGAGUUGGGGAGGUGCAAGCAGCGAAAAGUGGUAAUCUCGUCCUUUCUGACGUUAUCUCGUGGAUAAUAAGACUUUUGUAAACUGUCUAACAGGACUCUCUGAAAAGAAA